CAGGCCCCCCAGCAAGGGCGGGCCGAAGGGGGAAGCCGGGCCCCCUUCCGGACUGCCAGGCCUCAGUAAUUUGUACCGGCUUCCCCCCACCUCUCGUCAGCCCUGCCCGCAGCCCUCGUCCAGCUUCCCGGGCCAAAGGUGUCACCUGGCCCCAACCCCCAUCCUGGGCUCAGGUUACAUGCUCAGAUAGCCUCACCCUGGUAUCCCAGCCCCACUGCAGACAGUCUCAAUACAACUCCCACACAAUAUUCCCAGGUCAGUCCGCCCCACUCCCCGCCCCUGAAAGGCAAGGCAAAGCCCCUUGGAGUCCAUGGAAAGGACCUGACCGGAGAGGGGUUUGGAUCAGAAUAAUGGUAAGGAGGUGGGGAGACACCCACAGCCCCAUGGGUGGGGGAAGGUGGGGAGAGACACCCACACCCCCAGGGAUUUGUUUAAGCAAUCCCACCUGUAGCUGGAGCAGAGGUUCAUGCAUGGCUGGGUUUAGCCGUGCUCACCUCCGCGUCAGGCUGUCAGCCUCCCCCAGCCGGCAACUAACACCGUGGGCUGGGCUCCCUGUUGCUGGUGCCGAGAAGCUAGGAGACCCUGAGGGAUGGGCUCUGUCUGGGGAGACACUGCCCAGGAAGUCACUCCUUGGAGCCAUGCGUGGGGGACGUUUUGCACUUGAGAGCAAGGAACUGAGGAGUGAAUCCAGAGGUUGUGUCCCGUCUAGAGAGGAUCAGCUGUGGUCUAACAGGCAGAGGAUGAAGCAGGGCAUCAGGACCAUUCCAGCUCUAGCCUCUGACUGUGUGGCCCUGGACAAGUCACUGAAUCAUUCUGUGCCUCAGUUUCCCCAUCUGCCAAACGUGGCUAAUGUUACUUCUCUCCCUGAAGUCAGACACCAGUCUCAUCCUUUCUCCCUCCUCCUCAACACUUGCCCAUCCCCACCACCACACAGAUCCAAGGAGCACAGAGCUGAAGGAAUUAUCCCAGUGCGGAGCAGACAAGAAGAGCUUUUUCCAGGGCCAGCCAGGGAUCCCAGGAAUGCCGGGCAUGCCGGGGACAAACGGCCUCCCCGGGGCUAAAGGAGAUCCAGGUCCUCAAGGGCCCCCAGGCGAGAAGGGUUCCCCUGGAGCAAUGGGGAAGGCUGGACCCAAAGGAGACAAAGGAGAAGCCAGCAGUUCUGCCAGCUCUCAGCAGCAAGGAGCAGGUGCCAGGAACUGCAAGGAGCUACUGGAGCAGGGAGAGGGGCUGAGCGGCUGGUACACCAUCCACCCCGAACCGGGGAGAACGCUGACCGUCUUCUGUGACAUGGAAACGGAUGGCGGGGGCUGGCUGGUGUUCCAGCGGCGGCAGGAUGGGUCGGUGGAUUUCUAUCGGGGCUGGGAGGCCUACAAAAGAGGGUUUGGAAACCAAGCAUCGGAGUUCUGGCUGGGCAACGACAACAUCCACCUUCUCACCAGCACCGGGACCUACCAGCUGCGGAUUGAUGCCAGGGACUUCAAUGAGUCCAGCACGUUUGCCAAGUACAGCAGCUUCAAGAUGCUGAGCGAAAGGGAAAACUACACGCUUGCCUUGGGCUCCUACUUGGCUGGCAGCAUGGGAGAUUCUCUCUCUGGACACAACAAUCUGGGGUUCUCCACGCGGGACAAAGACCACGACACCUUUGGGGGCAGCUGUGCCAUCCUCUACAAAGGCAGCUGGUGGUAUGGGCAGUGCCACUCCUCCAACCUCAACGGGCUGUACCUCAAAGGUGAACACACCUCCUAUGCCGACGGGAUCAACUGGUCCACCGGGAAGGGGUACCACUACUCUUACAAAUACGUGGACAUGAAAAUAAGGCCCCAGUAGCCAGCCUCUCUCUCUGGGGACUCUACUGACGCUGGGGGGACCUACGGACUGCAAACAGCCCUUCUGCGGGGCUAGUAAACCGGGAACUUGCCCUUAGCUGGGAUCUCGCGUGCUACUGGGGUACUGCAGCCUGCAAUUCAGUCUCAUUUCCAGGCGCUAGCCCUGCAGGCAGUGUCCCCCCACGGGUUAAAGCAGGAGAGCACCCCCACACACACAGACAGCUCCUUCUUUUCCUUGGAUGGACCAGUGAGAGCUCUACCUGCUUAGACCCCUGCUUGUCCUGCUGUAGGAAAGAUGAGGUGGGAGUCAGGACUUCUGGACUCUUUUCCCACUGACCUUCUGCCCCUCUCUCUGCCUCAGUUUCCCCCUGCUGUAAAAUGCAGAUGAGACUAUUGGCCCAUCUCACAGCUCAAUAUCCUUUGCAAAGGGCUCUGAGAUCCUAGGGUGGGGGUUGCUACAGAAAUGCAAUGUGUUACUUUAUUAAACAUCGCCCAUGCAGCGAAGUAAUUCCCUCUGAAUCGGGCUGUACUCUGUCUGAAUGCCAAGCUACCACAGCGAAGGCCCUUUUGAUGACCCAAGGCUGGUAUUUUACCAUCUCCAUUAGCCAGUUUUCAGCAGGGCUCGGCCUCCACCCUUGGGGUCAGAUUUUCAAGAGGCCUCCGUGCAAAGUCAGGCCAUAAGGAUCGUAAAGGGAGCGGCUGAGAUCUCAAGGGUCUGGCCUUCGUGGAGGGUGGUGAGCGCUUGAAAAUCUAGCCCAAGCAGUCUGCAUCCGAUGGCAGUUUGCAGAUAGGUUGGUAUUUCUCUUCUCUUUUUCUUUGUGAGUAAUAAAGCGCCUAUGAUGUUUAGAACA